AUGCAACAUAUUAGUAGAUGCAGGGGUCUCUUAAGAUCACAAAAUGGAUUGUCUUUAUAUUUGGAGAGAAAGCUUGUUAAUGGAUUAUCUGAUGUGGGUUUGGUGGCCUUUUCAACAUCCAUGGCUGCACAAAGAAGUGCACUUGGUAAUUCAGCCACUAGGUUGCCAAAGUCAGAUUCUGUGAGAUGUUUUGCUUCCAAUGCCAACCAUUUGACUAAGGACAUACUUCGGCAUAAUGGUAUUCCUGCUGUGCAUGGAGGCCAGCGUAACAGAGAAUGCCUGGUUAGCCUUAGGUCAUCCUUUCAAAUCUUGGAGAACCAUGAAGGAAGCACCGUUAAUAUUUGCUUUGCUAGAUCCUUUGCAUCAAAAGCUUCAAAUAAAGAGACACGAAAUCAAUCUGAGACCAGAAAAGAUGUGUCUACUGUUGAGGAUCCUUUUGAUGCUCCAACAUACAAUAUCCCAGAGAAGCCUGUGACAUUUACAGAGGGUGCUUCCUACAGCAUUAUAAUUCUUGCAGGACUUGGUGUUGCGGCCGCUGCAGCUUAUGCUGUUUUCAAGGAGCUGAUAUUUGAACCAAAAGAGUACAAGAUCUUUAACAAGGCUCUGAAAAGGAUUCAAGAUGACAGUCAGGUCAGGGUGAGGAUUGGAUCCCCUAUUACAGGUUAUGGUCAGGAAAGUAGAAAUCGUGCUGCUCGCCAACGUAUUCCCAAUAGGAUCUUUACGGAUGAAGAUGGUGUGGAGCAUGUCCAGAUCAAUUUCUAUAUUCGUGGGCCGCAUGGUGCUGGGAAGGUUUCUGCUGAGAUGUUCAAAGACAAAGUGGACAAGCAGUGGAAGUAUACAUACCUAAUUGUCGAGAUCAUGCAACCUUCACGAUCACAGUUGAUUCUGGAGUCAUAUAUGCCAGCGCCAUUGGCUGCAUAA